AUGACUGGCAUUCAUUCUAACACCCGUGACGCCAUGCAGUUUUCGUCAUUCUACAACUACUCUCUUGCCUCGAAAGCGGCAAUCAUGGCUCCAAAGCCUCUGUCUGAUAUCUUCACAGAGCGAGCAGUCGAGCUGCGCAAGUAUAUCUUUGAUCAACCAGCCUCAAGGUUCACCAACAAUCCACAGGCUCUUGCAAAUUCAAUUGAAGACUUCGCCAACCAAGUCGGGCAUAUGAUGAUCUUUCCAAAGUCAAAAGUCAACAUUGCACGUGGACAACUUCUAAUUCAGCGGCCGGUACCGCGAACGAUUAUUGAAUAUGGCACAUUUGUGGGCACAUCGGCACUUGCUUGGGCUGCUAUCGUGCGUGAAAUCUACGGUGACAAGGUGCCCAGUGACGUCAAGGUCUACAGUUUUGACCCAGAUGCACAGAUGGUUGCAUUGGCUCGGGAAUUUGUGAAACUCGCGGGUGUGGAAGACUUGGUGCACGUAUUCCAGGGCGAAGGCUCCGAGUCGUUGAAGAACCUGCAUAACGAAGGCAAAGUGACUUCGAUCGAUAUGGCCUUCUUCGAUCACAGGGAGCAGCUCUAUCUUCCUGACCUGAAAUUGAUUGAAGAGUUAAAUCUUUGGCGUGUUGGGUCGUUGGCAGUUGCUGACAACACGGAUUUCCCUGGGGCACCCGACUAUCUGGACUAUAUUCGAACAAGUGGCAGCAGAGGAUUUGGGACGAAAUACGAGACAAAUUCGCUUCACACCACUCGAAAUAAAGGCCCGGUAUGUCUGAUUCCAGCGAGACGGUACUCGGACCACAGCUAA